AUGAACCCCCCAAUAAACUUGCUCUUAGGUUCGAUCCCUUGUAUGAUCCGGAACAGGCUGCCAAGAGUUCUUGGACUGUUUAUCAAUGAUCUCUCCAAUCACACAUAUCCGAGGACCCGUAUUUUAAAUCAGAAUACUUUUCUCUGCUCUGGCCUUCUUCUACUCUCCGUUGAGGGUGUUAAUGGUGUGUGCGUUGCAAAUCCUAUCACAAAAAAGUUUCGAUUCUUGAAUCAACCCAAGUCAAGGUGUUUGCCUUGUCCUCUACCAACUGCUCGGCGAGACUCACUGAUGUACAUUGGGUUAGCGGUUGAUCAAACUGAUCGAAACACUCAAAGUUUUAAAGUUGUCUGCAUAUUGAACGGAUCUCUUCACUGGCUACGAAACGAUGGAAGCAUCUUUGCUUUCAACCCGGAAACAGAGCAAGCAAGACUAAUCCCGACCAGAUUCCCCAAGGAACUGAGUUCGAAAACCUUGUUCGCUGCUGACAACAAGAGCCUAACUUUUAUAUCGGCCACAGAGGAAGUGAUUUACGUUUAUUCCCUCGAGAAUAUUCUCACUGAUCCCAAGUGGGUUCUCGGGAGUCGGAUCCGGAACGGAGUGCUGGACGAAAAGAGGCUGAUUCGUUGGAACGUGGAAGCUUACGACGGCAUAUGUUUAGUGUUGAGGGAGGAGACUAAGAAUGACUACGACAACUCUAGCGCACGAAUGCUUCAUGGGUACGACUUGAGAACUAACAGCUGGGGGCUCAUGGGUUCGAUAAUAGUGUGGUGCAAUGCAAUUCUAGACUUUUUUCAGUUUGCACCGUCGUCAUCUUAUGUGAUAGGACUUCAGGAGUAA